CAAGAAAUAUCUGUGCUAAAGUUGCGAUAUUAUAUUUUUUAAAUGUCGAUAUCUCGAACGUAUGUCGACAGACUUUAUCAACACGGAUUCGUUGAACGGAGGGAUCACGUGAUCGCCUUGUGCGCUACAUAGAACGUGUUAUCGAUUGCCGAAUUUUCGUCUAUUUAAAUGACAGAAUGAAUACAUCCUUAUUUCUGCGUAUCUCACGGUUUAAACCAAUUCUGGCUAGAAACUUGAAUUGUUGGACAGCGGCUAUAACAAAGAAACACCAGAAUGUUUAUGUAAAUACGUAUCCUACCAUUCUUGUUCUCCCUGAUGGAAGUAGCAUAAAUAUUGAAUAUAAUGAGCCAAGAAAAAUAAUUGUCCUUCCACUCAACAUCUCAGAACUUUCAGAAGAACAACAGAGGAUUAAGAUUAAUAGUCGCAGGUCAAAAACUAAGAUUGUUCUAGUUGAGGAACAAGAAGAUGAUUUUGAUGAAAUGAAGUAUAUAAAAAAAAUGAAGAAAUGAUAAUUAAAAAAAUAAAAAAAAAAAGAAAACUAUAGUUGUAUUUAAAGAUUUUUACAUAUUAAUAAAAUGAAAAAAAGAAUU